ACAUUAGCCGUUAGAUGUCAGAUAAAUCACGAAAGAAGGUACGACUGGGUACGAUGUGUAUGUACACACACGAAAACAUUUUUGACACUACAGUGUUGUAACGUUACUCAGUAAUAUAUUUAUAAAAAUUUUGUGACAUAUUUAAUUAAUUAUACAAAGAUGUCGAGUAUUACGAUAUCGGCCAUAAGACCACGUACCAGUAUCCUUGAUAAGUCUUUGAGCAAGGGAAAGGGAGAGGUUAGUUUGAGUUGCUUCGCCCUCUUAUUUUCCGAGCUGGUGCAAUACUGUCAAAACAGAGUCUACACAGUUCCAGAGCUACAGAAUAAAUUGGCAGAAAUUGGCGCAGAAGUCGGGCACAGAAUAACUGAUUUACUUGUAGUACGAGAAAAGGGCGGCAAACGUGAGAUAAAAUUACUUAAUGUACUACUCUUCGUGAAAAGUACGGUAUGGAAGUCUCUAUUUGGUCGAGAGGCUGAUAAACUGGAGCAUGCCAACGAUGACGAACGUACUUACUAUAUCAUUGAAAAGGAAUCUCUCGUAAACAAAUUUGUGUCCGUACCUAAAGAUAAAGGAAGCUUAAACUGCGCGUCUUUCGUCGCCGGUAUCGUGGAGGCUAUACUUUGCGAUUGCGGAUUUCCCGCCAAGGUAACAGCACACUGGCAUAAAGGUACCACGUAUAUGGUUAAAUUUGAUGACGCAGUUGUCGCACGCGACAAGCAACUAGAAGAUCGGUAAUAAAAAAAAAAAAAGAAAAUAGAAACGUUAUUCCUUUUAUAAAGAAAUAUUUAAUAUAUAUAUGUAUCACUUGUAGUAAAUUUAUUUCGCUAUACAAUCUAGAAUUAAGUUACAUUCAACAAUUUCGUGUAUUUUGUUAAAAUAAUCACAUCUAAACAAAUCUAUGAUUCCGGCUUGCAUAAUCAAUUUGCCCAGUACGGUACAAGUGUUCUUUUGCAUCCUGUGAAAAGAAAAAAAA